UUAGCACUUGCAGCCCUCGUCCAAAUAGAGGAGAAUAUACGGAUAUUAUCCAAAAUUCUUUAAUAAUGUUAUUUAUAAAGACCUGGGCAGCCAUCAACUAAACUCAUCAAUCACCAUGGCAGAAGAAGUGAAGCUUUUUAGGAACUGGUCAAGUCCAUUUGCUUUAAGGGUCGUUUGGGCGCUUCAACUAAAGGGCGUUCCAUAUGAUACCAUAUAUGAAGAUCUCUCCGAGAAGAGCCCUUUGCUUCUCCACUAUAAUCCCAUCCAUAAGAAGGUUCCGGUGCUUGUGCAUAAUGGAAAACCAUUAGCAGAGUCGCUUGUAAUUCUUGAAUAUAUUGAGGAGACCUGGAAGCAGACUCCCUUAUUUCCUGAAGAUCCUUAUGAACGAUCCACCGCACGCUUCUGGGCAAGAUUUGGAGAUGAUCAGCUUUUGCAUUCCGUAUUCAAUGUUUUUAUCAAGCAAGGGAAAGAGCAAGAGGAAGCAAUCGCCAGAGCCCAGGGGAACUUGAAAUAUUUGGAAGAAGAGCUGAGAGGGAAGAAGUUCUUCAGUGGAGAGAAAAUUGGAUUUUUAGAUCUUGCAUUUGGUUGGGUUGCUAAUUUGGUUAGUGUACUUGAGGAGAUAGAGGGCUUGACAUUGAUAGAACAUGAAAAGUAUCCAUUGUUGUUAGCAUGGAUUCAGAACUUCAUUGAUGCUCCAAUAAUCAAAGAAAGCUGGCCACCUCGAGACAAGCUGAUCACCAAAUACCGUGCUCGUAUUGAAUUCUACAGUUCAAAAGAGGCCGCAAAGAAAUGAGUUCUUGAUCUCCAACUUCAAAUGAUAGCAGAGCAAUUGAAAUGUUGGAGUUGCUUUACUAGUGUUUGCUUCUUAGUUGAAACAUUAACAUGUUUGCGAAUAAAGGGUUUAUUGUAAUGGUUCAUUCUGACCGUAAGGAAGCAAGUCCAUCUCCUGCUCUUUGGCCGAUGUGAGACAAUGCUCAUUUCUUUUUCUACGCUUAUAACCAUCCUCUUUUAUUCAGCUCUAGCAUUAUCACUUUCUCUUCCCUUACCUAUUGAAAGGUACUUUAUACACUUAUUGAAUUGUUCUUUUUUGUUCGUC